GCGGGUAUGGGUUCUCAGUGCGUAGCAUCAUGCCUUGAGAAACCCCGAUGUAUCUGAUGUUCACCUAUAGUCGGGUGGCGGCUGGUCGGCGCUGUGGCGCCCGUCAGAUCGCUGAUCCGGUGCGGAGAACUUCGGAGAAGUUGGUGGGCCCAUAUCUGUCAAGACCACUCACCUCACCUUCACGUGGGGCUCCCCGUCACCCUGCAUCGGUCCCGACCGGGGUAGGGUGCGAAAGAGUGAGUGGCACCAAGGCGAGAGUAUGGCUCGUUAACCAUACGCCAUAAAACAAAUAGAUGAUGAAGAUGAUGAUGAAGAUAAUGAUGAUAUGUCGGAAAAUAUAAAUAAUGAAGUUUACGGUGCAGGGGCGGGAUACCCCAGUAGCGGCGCAGACGUGGGUGGACAAGCGGGCCCCGCUGUGUCGUUAGCUUGUGACCGUGGCCGGAUGGGGGUGGACCACCAGGCCCCCAUCCAUGUUAUCACGACUGGUGAGGAGGAAGAAGGAGACAUUGAAAUGGAAGAGGCUCCGAUAGCCGAUAUUGAACAUAUCCUGUCCUUUCAUCUCCGACAUAUAUAUAUAUAAUAAAUAUGUAAUAAAUAACAAUAAUAAUAAAUAUAUGUAUAAAUAUAUAAAAUAAAACUAACAAUAGUAAUAUAGAACGUUGCAUAGUAAAGAAACUUCAAGGAAGAGGCAAUAUGAUGUUUCCAAUGAAGGAUUUAAGAGACGUGGAAGAUGAUGAUUCUUACGUUUACGUGUCGAGAUGAUAUUAGUGAUUUGUCGAACUCGCAGGAGAUAUUCGUAUCGAGUUCAAGGCAUAAUAGUUCGACGGUGAGGCGAGCGACCGAGCUGCUUGUUGCCCUUGAGAGUGGAGGAGAACAAGAACUACCAAGAUCCCACUGGUGGUCAAGACUGUGCAACAUGUCUGCUAGUAGGCGCUACUUCCUUUUGUUGAUGCUCGAAAGCUUUAUUGGUUUGAUUACCUUGGUCUUCACAGUUCUACUGACGCCCUAUAAGUCUUUCGGCCAGAGUUUGCAGAUGUGCGCAGACGGAGUUGCCAGUUUGACAGGACUUGCUGGUAUUGUUGAUGCGUUGAUGACGCCACGCAACAGAUUUUCCGGCUUUACCAUGGCUUUCCUUGUAUUCGACCUCGCUGCCUUUGGCCUUUCGUUUACAUCUCUAUCUGUGAUCGUCGUUCGUAUUUCCACAAACGUAGGGAUGCCACUGGAUGGUGACAAGUCUAAUUCGAUACGUAUUGUCGUCUGUACUUUCACCGAAAUGAUUGACCUACUCGUCAAUCGCACAGUCCAAACCAGUGUGCCUAGAAACCAGUGUGCCUAAAAUUUGCACAGUAUACUUCUUUUAUGAUGUAGACAUGAAAUAAAGAAUAAUUUAUGGAAACUACAGAUCCCAAAGGGGCAAAAAGAGGUCUAAUUUUUUACAGGGUAACCGUAUCUCUAUGUCCACUAAGUUUAGAAACCUGAAAUUCGACGUACAAACUUUCCACUAGAAAUAAACGAACACGUGUUUGGGCGUUUUUCGAAAUUGAACCCCUAGAAACUGUUUAAAAAGAGUUUAAAAAAAUAAAUAUAAAUUCAAAUACUGUUAUAUUAUAAAGUAAAUUUAAUAAGAUCCAAACUCAUGUUCGUGAAUCACUGUACAUGUCAACUAUUGUCAAAGCUAACCCUAACAAAUGCAACCACAUCACAUUCACAUUGAGAAAACAGAUAACACCAAACAUCUUCC